CGCUUCCUGGCAGCAGGCGGCCAUCUUGCCUAGAGCCUGAAGGAGGGAGUAGAGAGACAGAAGAAAAGGGCGACACUGAUCUCAGGGCCGCCCCGGGAGCCUCAAGAGCGGGAGGCAGCCCCGGAGGCUCCCGCGGGCGGACACGCCAGAAGAGGAGGCCGGGGAAUGGCCGCGGUGUGGCAGCAGGUCUUAGCAGUAGACGCCAGGUACAACGCGUACCGCACACCAACGUUUCCACAGUUUCGGACACAGUAUAUCCGGCGGCGCAGCCAGCUACUACGGGAGAAUGCCAAGGCGGGGCACCCCCCAGCGCUUCGUCGGCAGUACCUGAGGCUGCGUGGGCAGCUGUUGGGCCAGCGCUACGGGCCCCUGUCCGAGCCUGGCAGUGCUCGUGCCUAUAGCAACAGCAUCGUCCGCAGCAGCCGCACUACCCUUGACCGAAUGGAGGACUUUGAGGAUGAUCCUCGGGCCCUGGGGGCCCGUGGGCACCGCCGUUCCGUCAGCCGAGGCUCCUACCAGCUGCAGGCACAGAUGAACCGCGCCGUCUAUGAGGACAGGCCCCCCGGUAGCGUGGUACCCACAUCAGCGGCAGAAGCAAGUCGAGCCAUGGCUGGGGACACAUCGCUGAGUGAGAACUACGCCUUUGCGGGCAUGUACCAUGUUUUUGACCAGCACGUGGAUGAGGCAGUCCCCAGGGUGCGCUUUGCCAAUGAUGACCGGCACCGCCUGGCCUGCUGCUCCCUCGAUGGCAGCAUCUCGCUCUGUCAGCUGGUGCCCGCCCCGCCCACUGUGCUCCGAGUGCUGCGUGGCCACACCCGUGGUGUCUCCGACUUCGCGUGGUCUCUCUCCAAUGACAUCCUCGUGUCCACCUCACUUGAUGCUACUAUGCGCAUCUGGGCCUCUGAGGACGGCCGCUGCAUCCGGGAGAUCCCUGACCCCGACGGCGCCGAACUGCUCUGCUGCACAUUCCAGCCAGUCAACAACAACCUCACUGUGGUGGGGAAUGCCAAGCACAAUGUGCAUGUUGUGAACAUCUCCACUGGCAAGAAAGUGAAGGGUGGCUCCAGCAAGCUGACGGGCCGUGUCCUCGCUCUGUCCUUUGAUGCCCCUGGCCGGCUGCUCUGGGCGGGUGAUGACCGCGGCAGUGUUUUCUCUUUCCUCUUCGACAUGGCCACAGGGAAGCUGACCAAAGCCAAGCGUCUGGUGGUGCACGAGGGCAGCCCUGUGACCAGCAUCUCUGCCCGCUCCUGGGUCAGCCGCGAGGCCCGGGACCCCUCGCUGCUCAUCAACGCUUGUCUCAACAAACUGCUGCUCUACAGGGUGGUGGACAACGAGGGGACCCUGCAGCUGAAGAGGAGCUUCCCCAUUGAGCAGAGCUCACACCCUGUGCGCAGCAUCUUCUGCCCCCUCAUGUCCUUCCGCCAGGGGGCCUGUGUGGUGACGGGCAGCGAGGACAUGUGUGUGCACUUCUUUGAUGUGGAGCGGGCAGCCAAGGCUGCUGUCAACAAGCUGCAGGGCCACAGCGCACCUGUGCUGGACGUCAGCUUCAACUGCGACGAGAGCCUGCUGGCUUCCAGUGACGCCAGCGGCAUGGUCAUCGUCUGGAGGCGGGAGCAGAAGUAGGAGCGUUCCGGCCCCGUCACGGUCCCUCUUCCCAGCCACCUCCUGCUCCAGCCUCAUGUUUGUAAAUAAAGUUUCUGUGCUUGUG